AUGGCGACAUCAAUGCAAAAUGAUCAUCGAACAUCGGUGAAACAAAAGUCAGUUGUUCCAAGUUAUGGUCCUGGAAAUUCUUUAUAUUCUACAACUGAAUCCUUAACUGCACAAGAUAUAGAAAAUUAUUUUCGUGUUGUUUCAACUCGACCGAAUUCGACAACAAAUUCGAUUGCUAAUUCAACAUCAAAUACAAAUGAACGUAAAACUGUGCAAUAUCUUCGUCCAACAUCAUUUGAACAACAACAAAAAGAAGUUCAACAAUUAAAUAAAAAUAAAAUUGAUAUUAUUCCAUAUGCAACAUUUCAUGAAAAAAAACAAUUAUUAUCAAUUGAUCAAAAAGCUUAUGCUCGUGAUUUUCAACAAAGAUAUGACAAUGAAUUUUUACAACGCUGGAAUAAAGGUGUUUUGGGUGAUAAUGAUGAUGAAACAACAAUUAGUAGUUCAACAAGUCAACAAUUUGGAAGUACAACAGUUAGUUCAUCAAUAAAUAAUCGUUUAUCUCGAUUAAAUAUAAAUCGUGAUCAAGAUCAAGAACAUAUGUCUGAUAUUGAAGGACGAACAGAUCCUGAUGGUGCACAAAGUGAAGCUGAUAAAGAAGAAAUUCGACAAAUAUUUGGUAUAUCACAUGCAUUGGAAACAUUUGAUGAUUAUAAAGAAAUAAAACAAUGGAUUAAUCAAGAUACAACAUUACCUGUGUAUGCACAAAAAGAUAAA